UUUCGAAUGUGGCGGCGGUGGUGGCGGGAGGACUCGGGGCUGAGCCUUGGUUCUGCAGCUUCUUGGCUUCGCGCGCCGCGAAAACUGCCGGGAAGAGCAGUGCCAUGUGAGAAAUAGAGCGGCCUCUGCGGCGCCAGUGCUGAUCAAGGGACUGCGGUGGCAGGUGUAAGAUGGCCAAGGAAAGGUGCCUUAAAAAGUCCUUUCAGGAAAGUCUGGAAGAAAUUAAGAAGCGAAUGAAGGAAAAACGGAAUAAAAACUUGACAGAGAUUGGCAAACGAAAGUCUUUCAUAACUGCGCCUUGUCAAAUAAUCACCAACACAUGUCAAUUGCUGAAAAACUACCAAAACAACAACAAAAUGUUAGUUUUGGCUUUGGAAAAUGAAAAAUCUAAAGUGAGAGAAGCUCAAGAGAUAAUCGUGCAGCUGAGAAAAGAAUGUUAUUACCUGGCGUAUCAGCUAUAUGCAUUGAAAGGAAAACUUGCUUCCCAACAAACAGAAGAAACUGCUCAGAAUGAGGAACUAUGUCCCUCUGGAAUAGACUCCAAUAGUGACAACAACUCCAGGGAUUUACCACGGCAAGUUCCUCUUCAAGAAGCUCACCUUCCAUCACAGGGAGACUCUUUCGAAGUAGAAGAACAAAUACCUACUACUUCUCACGACAGACUGGAAUUUGAUGUGAAUUCAGAUGAAGAUAUGUCUACUGGUAAUAUCUUACCAAGCACUGUCUCUACCCGUCGCAGUUUAAAGAAACAUUUCAGUCUGUGUCAGUUGAAUACCCUGGAUGGUUUUGGAAUCAGUAGUUCUUCAGGACAGUCCUUUGAAUUAGAAAGAAUUGCAUGUGUGGACCCACUGGUAAAUAUGCACAUCCCUGAAAAUGUGGAACAGAAUGCCUGUCGAUGGAAUACAGAUCAGAUGAACUCAUCACCAAGGCAGAAUCACCCAGGAAGUCCUCUUAAUACAAAAGAAGACACUUCAGAGUAUAAAUCUGAACAAACUAAAAGUAAAAAUAGAAUCACACAAGGAAGAAAGAGGGAGGAGAAAAGAAAAGCUAACCGAAGGAAAAAAUCAAAAUUUGAGCCAACAUACAGAGGAAGUAAAAGUACAAAUAAAAAAACUGUCUGCACAAAAAAGUUGAAUAAAUCUGUUACUUGCAAUGAUGCUUACAAUUUUAAUUUGGGAGAAGGUGUUCACCUCACUCCUUUCCGACAAAAAAUGAGCAAUGAUACUAAUACAGAAGAAAGUGUCAAUAAAUGCGAAAGGAGCAUCUCGGAAUCAAGUAGUUCAGAAGAGGAUUCUGACGAUCUCUAUUUGCCCUCUUGUAAGAACACUCCAGAUCUCCCCAGCAAAUAUGAUAACACUCCCAUCACCAGGCCUCCUUCUAAAAGAGCAUUAAAAUAUACAAAGGAAAAAGAAUUGGAUGAUCCUAAGCCAACAAAAGCAACCAGUAUACUACCUGAAACUCGCCAGUCACCUCAUUUUAGCCUGAAGGAUAUCACCAAUGUCUCCUUGGUUCCUGAAGUGAGAAUCAGAAAAAUGUCUCUUUCUCCAAAAAUUAAUAAGGAAGGCCCAACGGCAUCUCUGCCUAAACGCAGGUGCACAGUCAGUGUGAGCUAUAAGGAGCCCACACUCGCUUCGAAGCUGAGAAGAGGGGACCCCUUCACAGAUUUGUGUUUCUUGAAUUCACCUAUUUUCAAACAGAAAAAGGACUCCAGACUCAGUUCUAAAAAGAAGAAAAAAGUUAUGCCAGCUAAUACUCUGCAUCCUUGUACACAUGUGAAUAAGCUUCCAGACAGUGAAACCUGGAAGUGGAGUUGGUCUCUCAAGUCUAUGAAUCAGUUCUCUUGGAGCAAAGAGAAUAUGGAUCCAAGGUCAUUGUGGGAUACAGAAGGUGGAAGACACCAGUAGCAGAUGUUGCUAUGAUUCCAUCCUGAAUGCCAUGGGCAGUAAACCACACCAAUAUAUCACAGAACAUCAUCUCUCAUCAGACAACCUCACCAAUAUAUCUCAGUACAUCAUCUGUGACCUUGGGAGAAUCACAGCAGUUUCCAAUGGAGGGAAUGGGGACAAAGAACUCUGGUGGUGGAAGUCGUGUGGAAUUGUACCACUAUUAUUUUGAAAUUUUGUUAAUAAAAAAAAGAAAAAGAAAGAAAUUUUUGUUAAUCACUAAAAAAAAAGCAAAGAACAGAAACCCGUGAUUUUUUUUUUUUUUAGAAAGGGCUAAGAAACAAAUUAAGACAAUUUCUCCAAACAAUUUCAGAGACGUCAAUAUCAACCCACCAUUACUCUGGUGAGACCUUUUCUAGCUCAUAGGACUCCUUAAUUCCAUUUUGAGUGGUACAUUUCUUCACAAACCUCAAAAUCUAGAUAUAGAUAAGGGUCCAUGAGAUAGCCAUUAUGUAUAUAUGUAUCCAAAAGUUCGGUGAAAAUAUAUACCUUAAAGCAAAAGUGCACAGUAGUUUAUCAGUGAGUCAGUAAAUGUGGCAAGCAAGCAGAAAGACCUAAAAAAGUACCUAACCAAAUAGGUUCUAAUUAGACCUAGAUACCCUCCUCACCUAGCUCCUAUUUCAUUUCCCUCAAUCACUCCAAAAUUAAGCUUGUCAGACAAAGAAAGGGCAAGAGACUGAAAUACUUUAAUGAUGACUCUUUAAUCACUACCAGACCACCCCAUCACCUAGGGCUCUAGUCAGAGAGUCCUGGGAUUCCCACACAGACAUGAUGGGCAUAGACUUCUAACAGAUCCCUCUCUCCACUGUUACUGGUCAUCACCAUCAGGAACAACAUAAUGGACCCCUCUGUGGGCCUUUAUAGGACCUAGCCCUCAAUGUGGAUCAACA